AUAUUACAGCUAAGUAUUUUUAGCUAGCUAGCUAUAGUGUGAUCAGAUUGGUUUCCCAGAGAGUUAUACUUGGCACAACUGGCUACCUAGCUAGCUACGUACUUUGUUGGAUUGUCAGAGAUAGUCAAGCUAAUAUAUGGAAGACAGCUUGUUAAGACUGGACAUCUGCACUUCGAGGUCACUCUCUCUUUGUCAGUUAAACGAAGCUAGCUACGUGUGAUAACCCCUACCUCCGCCUUUCUCUCUACUAUUAGAUGACAAUCGAUUGCUGUAGAUUGUAGCCAGCAGAUACGCCCCGUUUGCUUACAGCUGCACAAGGUCGAACAGGCUUCCCGUGUAAAUGCAUCCAUUGGCAUACUUCCAUCCAAACAGUUUGGUACAGUUAAGCAUAUUUUAUGACAACAGUUUGUGACGUUUUGGUCUUCGGCAAGGUUUUUGUUGACUGGUCGUGCACACACUUUUUUUGAGUCAAUGCUCCUUUAUUGGUGAUUGUUGUCAGUGUUUGUUGUCAGUCAACAAGAGAUGACACAUUUUCAUGCAAUUUUUUUCACUUAAGAAAUACUGCACCAAACAUCCCAGUUUGAUGUAAAAUUGCGAGACAGAUCUCCUUGGCAAAAACGUCAAAAUUAAUGAUUUCUUGAGUUAUUUUAGAUUCAUUCUGACUAUUUUGAGAAAGUGGCUACAGUGACUCAAGAUGGGUAAACAGUAAUAUUGCUGCUUUUUUUCUUGUUAUUCAAGUAUAGGUACUUUCAAGUGAAGGUAGAAGGUUCGUCUCGAGACAAUAUUUUGUGUGCAUGAACAACCGGGGGAAAAAACGUUUGGAAAGUAAGCAUGCGGACGCCUUUACUCGACACAGGAAGUCCGUCUGACCCUUGUGCAGCUGUAGGUGAGCCUUCCAUGAGAUCAGUAGUGGGUUGUGACUUUACAAGCAUUAUUAUUUUCCAGUCUACAGACAAUAAUCUUCUAGCAAAGUGGGUGGGGGAGGGAGUGAGUGAGUGACAACUUUGGUGAUACAUACACACACCAUACGUUUUACUAUCCGUGUGUGGACCUAAAAUUGAUUUAAAUUAAAAAUCAUAUUUUCAAUCAUCCCUAACUCAUAUCACUAUCCCCUAACCGUAAUUGUAGCCCCAAACCUAACCGCUAAGCAUAAAAUAGCCUUUGUCCUCGUGGGGAAGUGGGAACUGUCCCAAUGAGGGAGACUUUUCCUUGUUUUUCUAUCCUUGUGGGGACUUUUGGGGAUUUCCGGUACCCAUGAAGAUAGUAGUACAAGCCCACACAGUCACUUUGCUAGAUGAUGUAGACUGGAAUGGAAUACUUUUUGUAGUUUAAAGUCGCUAACUGGUCCCAUGGAACAUACACACGGGUAAAUAGUUAUGAGAACGUUGUUUUAACUGUUUCAGUUUGGCACCAGUUUACAUUUCAAGUAGCCUAUCACUUUUGUUAGUGCAAUUAGACGAGGCAAAAAAUACAUAUCUUAAAUUCUUAAAAUUUGCAUAUUUAUUAUUUCAACACCAGUCCGUGCAUGAAACCUGAACGGUAUUAGUGUCGACUUGAAAGUGUGGGUGAUUGAAAGGCCAGUGAACGUGUUCACCGAGAACAUGCCUGGGUUAUUAUGUAACCGCACCAUUCGACCCUGCCGGCAGACGCAAAGACACCACUCGACCUUUCUACCUCCUUGUAGUGCCUAGUGGAUGGACGCCGCCCUGUGGUGGAUAAUGGAAUUGGUGUGAUUUGCAUUCAAUGGGGAGAGACUGAUCUAUGACAGACAGCCCCGGGAUGGAGGCCCACAGCUCAAGCCGGUCCAGCCUGUCCAGGAAGAGGAGGAGAGAUGGGUCUAACGGAGAGACCGAGGAGGUAGAACGGCCAGGGAAAGUCCCAAGAUCCACCGUGGGUUUAAAAGAUCCCGCCCCCUAUGCUGAUGAGCUAGAGUCGGUUGAGGACACUCCAUACCUGCGAGUCAGUAUGGAGGAGGCCAAGAGGGGAACUCCAUUUGAUAGGCCAGUUCGGGUAUAUGCAGAUGGCAUCUUUGAUGUGUUCCACUCAGGCCAUGCCCGGGCCCUCAUGCAGGCCAAGGGCCUCUUUCCGAACACACACCUCAUUGUGGGCGUGUGUAGUGAUGACCUGACACACAAGUUCAAAGGGUUCACGGUGAUGAACGAGGACGAGCGCUACGACGCAGUCAGCCACUGCCGCUACGUGGACGAGGUAGUCAGGAACGCGCCCUGGACGCUUACACCCGAGUUCCUCUCCAAGCACAGAAUCGACUUUGUUGCCCAUGACGACAUCCCAUAUACAUCAGCAGGCCAGGACGACGUUUACAAGCACAUCAAGGAGGCGGGCAUGUUUGCACCUACCCAGAGAACGGAGGGAAUCUCCACCUCGGACAUCAUCACGCGCAUCGUCCGCGACUAUGAUGUGUACGUGAGACGCAACCUGCAACGCGGCUACACGGCCAAGGAGCUCAACGUCAGCUUCAUCAAUGAGAAGAAGUACCACCUGCAAGAGCGUGUGGACAAGGUGAAGAGGAAGGUGAAAGAUGUGGAGGAGAAGAGUAAAGAGUUUGUGCAGAAGGUGGAGAACAAGAGCAUCGACCUCAUCCAGAAGUGGGAGGAGAAGUCCCGGGAGUUCAUUGGCAACUUUCUGCAGAUGUUCGGCCCUGAGGGAGCACUGAAGCACAUGUUGAAGGAGGGCAGAGGCCGCAUGCUGCAGGCCAUCAGCCCCAGCAGCAGCCCCACCCGCGAGCGCUCCCCCUCGCCCUUCUUAAACAAGCCCUCACCUUCCCCUCCAUCCCACCACAGCGCAGCACGGGGAUACCCCAUCAGCGAGGAUGAUGAGUCUGAUGAAGAUUAAGGCUCCCCUUUUUUUAUCUUGGUCUGUUAAUCCCGCCCCUCGACAAUAUCAGCAUUCAACCCCUCCAAACAAAUCAUCAGUAUGUCCACUUAUAUCUGUAUAGCAUUGUCUCUCACUUCAUUUGCUCUACCCGUUUCAUUUUUUCACUCCCUUUCUCAAUUGGUGUCCAUUUAUGGACUGUACUACUUCAUCAGUCAGAGGGGGGUUAAUGCACAUUGUAGCGGUCACAUCUCUUUAUUUUAUUCAGUCAGUAACCACUACUCACUGGAGGCAUUUGGAGCUGUGUGUUCAUUACCCUUCAUGUUACAUUUGUCACUUUUAAAUUUAUUUCACAUCAAUUAUUUCUCAUGCACACUUCCUACUCAAGAUGUUAAUCUUAGCGAGGUGAUUUUAUUUUGUUAACCUUGAGUUUAGUGGGGAAUUCAUAUUCAUACAUAUUGUGUUGAGGGGUGUUCGGUGCACUGUUGAAUUCCUUCUCAGCAGAGCUGAGUCUUUUUCUUUGCAAUGUAGGAACCAUCAGUCCCUUGAUCUCCCCUCGAAGUGUUAGUGUCUGAGUGUGUGCAUGUAUGUGUGUAAACUGCUAGUUUGUGUAGGCAUGUCAAUGUCCUCCAUCCAUGGACUGACCUGGAUUCAGCUUGACCUGUUUUGCACAUUAUAAUAAUGCUUAGUUGGUUUUGAUGGUCAGUCUUUGGACAGUGGACUUUAAAGUAGUGCCCAGCCUUUGAACUACAGAACUAGAUCUCGUUCAGUAGGGCUCAAAGGGAAAACUUAUUUUCAGGAGGUUCUAGUAAACCCCCCCCAAAAUGUGCCCAAUAACAAGACUUCAUUUUAAAAACGACUGGAAUAUAAUUUUAUCCCGGUCCCAUCUCUCCUCCUGUAGUUGGGCAUUGUUUGUUUUUGGCUGUUGGCCCACCCCUUACUGGGCUUUGUCUCCAUGGUGGCAAAGCAGGAGUGUUUGUUUUAUUUCCUAUAUACAGUAGGGUAGCUGAAACAUGGGAUUAUUUUAAGCAUAGUAUUGCAACCAUGUUAGAUUAAAGAAUCAGUCCACUAAAAUGUAUCAAUUAAAAUUGCUUCUCAGUAGGGGCAUGGGCUAUAGAUCACUUGGUGGCAACAGUUGUCUAACUAUCCUUCCACUAUAUACAAGAACAUUGUUUUACUGUUUGGGUUGAAUUUGUUUAGCUCCUGAAUGUGCAGGGCUAAGAGAAACCAGUAGAACAUGUAAAUGGAAUAAAUAAAGUUAACCAUGUUGAAUCCUCAA